AUGUCUUCACUUAGUAAGAGAGAGCCCCGCAGAAAUCAGUACACUUACGGAGGUGCCGGUCAGCUGCAGUACUAUGAUAACGUUGAAGGUUCUGGUGACAGUAGGACACCGGGCAUUCCUCCGUCACCAUCUAGGCAAUGGACAUUAUCGUACUCUCCGAAAGUGCAUGGUAUUUCCUUGGAGUACUUCUAUAGGCACAUGGAGCGCAUGCCGUGUCCAUCUAUUCUGUUAAUCAAAGAUACGGAAGGAACGGUAUUUGGUGCGCUGUGUAUGGCGCAGUGGAGAAAAUCUGGAAAGUUCUGCGGGAAUGGUGAGAGUUGGGUCUUCACUUUUGGAAAGCACGGCUAUGAAAAAGGGAGUAUAACAGUAUAUCCUUGGAGUAGCAAAAAUGAGUUUUUUCAAUAUGGCGAUGAACGCCGAUUAGUAAUAGGAGGUGGAGGGAAAUCUGGACAGAGUGCGAUAUGCAUUUACGACUCUUGGCUCAGGGGGUCUACUGGCAACUGUCUGACCUACAACUCGGCUCCGCUAGCCUCGAGUGAAGACUUUAUAAUACAAGACGUCGAAGUGUGGAGUUUGAAUACUCCUGAGGACGAUUAA